CGGCUAAUCUCAACAAAGCUCAAGGAGGCAGAGGCUGUGCGGCGAAGUUGUUCUAUUUGUUCGUUCUUCUUGUUCCACCGAUUUCUAGGGUUUUCGAUAUCUGGUUUCGAUUUGAUUUCCCAUAUUCUACGAUUCGGUGACGGGGCUGAAGGUUCUUACAGAGUGAACGUUUAAGAAUUCUCGAGUUUUAUCAAUUCAGAACUGUAUGAUCUAAUGGAGUCCAAAGGUGGGAAAAAGAAGUCUAGUAGUAGUAGUAAAUCAUUGUUCUACGAAGCUCCCCUUGGCUACAGCAUUGAAGACGUUCGACCCAACGGUGGAAUCAAGAAGUUCAGAUCUGCUGCUUACUCCAACUGCGCUCGCAAGCCAUCCUGAUAUCCCCUGCUUUUGAUCCCGUCUUUUUUUUAGCUCUUUCUUUUUUUCCUGUUUUUCGUAGGUUUAUUUACUGCUCUACUUCAAUCAACGUCUUUCCGAUCCCCCUUUUUGCGACCGUGCUCUCUUCACACCUGUGGUUUGGUUCUACUGUGUCCGUUUUCUGAGGCAAAAUGACGAUGCCUGUUUCAGCAAUCGGUUUCGAAGGUUAUGAGAAGAGGCUGGAAAUAUCUUUCUUUCAGCCUGGAAUCUUUUGUGACCCAGAAGGAAAGGGUCUGAGAUCUCUUACAAAAUCCCAGUUGGAUGAGAUUUUAGCACCAGCAGAGUGCACCAUUGUGUCAUCACUGUCAAACGACGAGGUUGACUCCUAUGUUCUCUCUGAGUCUAGCCUUUUUAUCUAUCCAUACAACAUCAUCAUCAAAACCUGUGGGACUACCAAGUUACUCCUUUCAAUCCCACCCAUACUGAAGAUGGCUGAGCACCUUAACCUAGCCGUUAGAUCUGUACGGUACACUCGUGGGAGCUUCAUUUUCCCUGGAGCUCAGUCCUUUCCACACCGUCACUUUUCUGAGGAAGUCUCAGUCCUGGAUAGCCACUUCGGGAAACUUGGAUUGGGCAGCGUGGCUUAUAUUAUGGGUGGCGUGGACAGCCCACAGAGGUGGCAUGUGUACUCUGCUUCCGCUCAGUCAGUGAGCGCAUGUGACUCUGUUUACACCCUCGAGAUGUGCAUGACUGGUUUGGAUAGAGACAAAGCUUUGGUUUUCUACAAAGAUCAAUCUGGCUCUGCAGCCCAUAUGACGUCGAAAUCUGGAAUUAGAAAGAUCCUUCCAGAUUCUGAAAUAUGCGACUUUGAGUUUGAUCCAUGCGGUUAUUCAAUGAACUCAGUUGAGGGUUCUGCUGUUUCUACCAUUCAUGUUACGCCAGAAGAUGGAUUCAGCUACGCUAGCUUUGAGACAGCGGGGUAUGAUCUGAAAGCCUUGAAUCUGAAGGACCUAGUCUUGAGGGUGCUGUCAUGCUUUGAACCAAUGGAGUUUUCAGUAGCUGUGCAUGCGGACGUUGCAAGCAAGACAUUUGAGGAGUUCUGUAUGCUGGACAUGAAGGGCUACAGUCGCAAAGAGGGGAGCCUUGAGGAGCUUGGAAUGGGUGGUUCUGUUGUCUACCAAAAGUUCGUCAAGACCACCGAAUGUGGCUCACCUAGAUCAACUCUGAAAUGCUGGAAAGACGAAGUUGAAGAAGAGUAGUUUAGUGCUUUUGAUUCAGUUGGAAGAAUAAAAGCUUUUGCCUAUUUUAAUUGCUUUUUAAUUGUGUGAGACCUCGCGUGAUUUUAUGGGUCUGUCGUACUGCCAAAAAUAAAGCAGGCUAGCUCCUGUCCGUAUUUCUACUGGACCUGUGUUUCUUGGAUUUAUUAUAUAUGGCCUGUCGUUUCAACAAAAGUAAAGCCUGCCUGUUAGGCUUGUGCACCUAAAUCGGCAGGGCACUGUCGUAUAUGUGACGUGGGACCUUGUUAUUAUGGAUUUAUGAAAUUGAAGCUGGAUGUUGUGAUUAUUAAUAA